AUGUGGCCACUGAGCUCUGAAGUUCAAAAACAUGCAUCUCUCAGCUGCAUUCCUGUCUUCCUCCCUCAGAUCAAGGAACUAGAAACAGAGCUGGAUGGGGAGCAGAAACAGCACGUGGAGACGGUUAAGACACUGCGUAAGAAUGAGCGCCGCCUCAAAGAGCUGGUCUUCCAGAUGGAGGAGGACCACAAGACCAACCAGCGCAUGCAGGAGCUGGUGGAGAAGUUGCAGAAUAAGCUGAAGGUCUACAAGCGACAGAUCGAAGAGGCGGUGAGUGCUCAACAUGCUUCCCCACUCCUCCCUCUCUAACGCUUGCUUCCCAGCCCACACUGCCAGCCUUGAUUAGAAUUAACCACGGGGAAAGAAGCAAGUAUUGGCCCCAAGAUGACUCUGUGAGAUUCAUGUCCACAGUACCAUGUCCUCAGUAUUGUGUGGGAAGGGGACCAGACACUACACACCAGAGAUAAGAACAUGUAAAAACUAAAAACAUUUCCCAUGACUACCAGGUUAACUAAUAUAACCAUGCAGUGGUGACCACAACCUCAAAAAGUUCCCAUUCUCUGUCCUGCUUCUGUUGACCCUUGUGGCCUCUGGCAAAGACAACCUCUCCCUCCCUUAUUUGAUCCUUCUGCUGCUGAGGUAGGAAGGCUGAUAUUUUUAAUACAUUUCACAGGCAAGAAAACAGACCCCUGCUUUCUG